AUGGCUCCGCCGCGCCCCGCGCUCCUGCGCCCCCGCUUCUGGCUGCUGCUGCUUCGGCUGCUGCUGCUGCAGCUCGUUCUCGGAAGCGACCCAGGUCACUCCACGGAGCUGGCAUUCACUGUGGAACCAAGUGAUGAGAUUGUUGUACCUGAGCAGUCGGUGGUGCUGGGCUGCCGAGCAGAAGGUACACCACCCAUUCGGGUCAUCUGGAGGAAGAACGGAGUGGAACUUCCAGAGAGUACCCAUGCCCUUGUGCUAGCCAAUGGUUCACUCCUCCUUCCCAACUUCCGGCCAGAUCGGGGAAAUGGCCCUUCUGAUGAGGGAGACUAUGACUGUGUGGCCCAAAAUCGAUUUGGGUUGGUGGUCAGCCGAAAAGCCCGAAUCCAGGCUGCAACCAUGUCGGACUUCCAUGUGCACCCACAGGCCACAGUGGGUGAGGAGGGUGGAGUGGCCAGGUUCCAGUGCCAGAUCCAUGGGCUUCCCAAGCCCCUCAUCCUGUGGGAGAAGAACCAUAUCCCCAUUGACACAAGGAAUGACAGGUACACUCUGCUGCCCAAGGGUGUCCUGCAGAUCACAGGGCUUCGGGCUGAGGACAGUGGCAUCUUUCACUGUGUGGCCUCCAACAUCGCCAGUGUCCGAGUGAGCCAGGGAGCCAGCCUCACCGUUUCAGGCUCCGGCUCCAGUGCCUACAAGGAGCCCACAAUCCUCGUGGGGCCUGAGAACCUGACCCUGACUGUGCACCAGACAGCUGUGUUGGAGUGUGUUGCCACAGGCAACCCCCGCCCUAUCGUGUCUUGGAGCCGCCUUGAUGGCCGUCCCAUUGGAGUGGAAGGGAUUCAGGUGCUGGGAACAGGGAACCUCAUCAUCUCUGAUGUCACUGUCCAGCACUCCGGAGUCUAUGUCUGUGCUGCCAACAGGCCUGGCACAAGGGUACGACGUACAGCCCAGGGCCGGCUUGUGGUUCAAGCCCCCGCAGAGUUCAUCCAGCAUCCCCAGUCCAUCUCUCGCCCAGCUGGAACCACGGCAAUGUUUACCUGCCAGGCCCAGGGGGAGCCACCGCCCCAUGUUACGUGGCUGAAGAAUGGACAGGUCCUGGGCCCCGGAGGCCAUGUUCGUCUCAGGAACAAUAACAGCACACUGACCAUUUCGGGGAUCGGUCCUGAAGAUGAGGCCAUCUACCAGUGUGUGGCAGAGAACAGUGCCGGGUCCUCCCAGGCCAGUGCCCGACUGACUGUGCUGUGGGCUGAGGGACUCCCGGGCCCUCCCCGGGAUGUACGCGCCGUCUCUGUGUCAGCCACUUCUGUCCGUGUGUCCUGGAGUGAACCUUUGCUGAAUACCAAGGAGAUCAUCGGCUAUGUCCUACACAUCAGGAAGGCAGCAGACCCCCCUGAGCUGGAAUAUCAGGAAGCUGUGAGCAAGAGCACUUUCCAACAGUUGGUGAGUGACCUGGAACCUUCAACAAGCUACAGCUUCUACAUCAAGGCCUAUACUCCCCGAGGAGCCAGCUUGGCCUCUGUCCCCACCCUGGCCAGCACUCUGGGAGAGGUUCCUGCCCCGCCACCACUCUCUAUCCGGGUUCUGAGUAGCUCCUCUGUCCAGCUGCUGUGGGAGCUGCCCCCUAAGCUGACACAGCGAGAUGGUGGUUUCAAGCUGUUUUACCGCCCAGCAAGUCAAGGCCUCUUCACCGGUCCCAUUGUACUGCCAGGAAUCCUCACAGCCUACAAUAUCACCCAGCUGGAUCCAACUGAGGUGUAUGAGGUGAAACUCUUGGCCUACAACCAACAUGGGGAUGGCAAUGCCACUGUCCGAUUUGUGUCUCUGAGGGGAACCUCUGAAAGGACAGCACUGAGCCCCCCCUGUGACUGCAGGAAGGAUGAGACGAGCAAUAAGACCUCUGCCACGGGCAUCAUCAUCAGCAUCCACAUUGGAGUCACCUGCAUCAUUUUCUGUGUCCUCUUCCUUAUGUUUGGCUACAGGGGCAGGCUCCUUCAGUGUAAGGAUGUGGAGGAUCAACUGUCCCCACCCCAGGUGCCCCGGAGCCAGAGGGACCUAGGCAUUCUGGCUCUGAAUGGAAUGGGCCAAGGGGACCGAGGCCGGCUCGAUGGGGAUGAGAAGCGUCUGGAUCUGAAUGAACUGGAGCAGCUAUUCCCACUCUCUCUGGGUUCAGGGCAGCAGGGCAGCAGGCUUAUGCUGGACCCUGGAUCCCCAGGCCCAUGUGAUGAGACCCAGCUCUCCACUCUCCCACCUGAUGAACUCAGCAUACUGGAAGAACAGAUAACUGAGAUGUCUUGUCUAGCUGCAGGCAUCCCACCCCAAAGGGAGGAAGUGCCCAGCCCCAGUCCCACCAAUGAAGGAUAGUUUGCCAAGUCUCACCAUACCCCCUCCAAGAUGCCGCAGCUGGCCACAUUUGGACAAUAGCCAGUGUCUAU